UCCUGGAUGUUGUCAGUCAGAAGUCAUCUCCGUCAAGCGCAGUCGGUGUGUGUUUGUGUUCGUGUUUCCACUUCACCGCACUGGGUUCGGGUGGCACAAUGGCCCGGGAUCUGUGUGUUCGGGCUGCACACUUGUUUUGACGGUAAUGCGGAGAGGAAGACUCGUCCGGGGAAGCAGUUUUAUUGAUGUUGCGGGGAAUUGUGUCGGUGAAGCGGGCUAGCUCACUGCGCUAGCUCGAUAGAGGAUGAUUCGCUGGAUCCGACAACAGCUGGGCUUUGACCCUCCCCAUCAGAGUGACACGCGCACCGUUUACAUAGCAAACAAGUUCCCACAGCAUGGCCAUUAUAUUCCUCAGAGGUUUGCAGACAACAGGAUCAUUUCCUCCAAGUACACCAUAUGGAACUUCGUGCCCAAGAAUUUGUUUGAGCAGUUCAGAAGAAUUGCCAAUUUUUAUUUUCUCAUCAUCUUCUUGGUUCAGUUGAUGAUUGACACACCCACUUCCCCUAUAACUAGUGGACUUCCCCUGUUUUUUGUCAUCACAGUAACUGCCAUCAAACAGGGCUUUGAAGACUGGCUGCGGCACAAAGCUGAUAAUGAAGUGAACGGGGCACCUGUGUUUGUUGUGCGCAGCGGCAGUCUGGUCCAGACCCGAUCCAAGAACAUCCGAGUUGGUGAUAUUGUGAGAGUAGCCAAAGAUGAGACGUUUCCUGCAGAUCUGGUGCUCUUAUCAUCGGACCGGGCCGAGGGGACGUGCCACAUCACCACUGCGAGCCUGGACGGAGAGACCAACCUGAAGACCCAUUAUGCGGUGCCAGAAACGGCCGUGUCUCAGUCGGUGUCGCGGCUCGAGUCUCUGCAGGCCGUGGUGGAGUGCCAGCAGCCCGAAGCUGAUUUAUACAGGUUUGUCGGGAGGAUAACAGUAACCCAACAAGGAGAGGAGAUAGUCCGACCUUUAGGACCAGAAAACCUCCUGCUUCGAGGAGCAAGAUUAAAAAACACCAAAGAAAUAUUUGGUGUGGCGGUGUACACGGGCAUGGAGGCCAAGAUGGCUCUGAACUACAAGUGCAAAUCGCAAAAGAGAUCUGCGGUGGAGAAAUCCAUGAACACGUUUCUCAUCAUCUACUUAGGCAUCCUGCUGUUUGAAGCCAUCCUCAGCACCAUUUUGAAGUACGCCUGGCAGGCAGAGGACAAGUGGAACGAGCCGUUUUACAAUCGGAAGACUGACCAAGAGAGAAACAGCAGCCAGAUUUUGAAGUUUAUUUCUGACUUCCUGGCUUUCCUGGUGUUGUACAACUUCAUAAUCCCAAUCUCGCUCUACGUGACUGUUGAGCUGCAGAAGUUUCUGGGCUCUUUUUUCAUUGUUUGGGACUUGGAUUUAUACCAUGAAGAGAGUGACCAGAAGGCCCAAGUCAACACGUCAGACCUCAAUGAGGAGCUGGGCCAGGUGGAGUAUGUUUUCACCGACAAAACGGGAACCCUCACUGAGAACGAGAUGCAGUUUAGGGAGUGCUCCAUUAAUGGGAUCAAAUACCAGGAGAUCAACGGGAAGCUUGUGCCUGAAGGAAUGACGACGGAAGAUUCACCAGACGGAUCGGGGCCUUGUUUGAACAGGGAAGAGGAGUUGUUCCUGAAAGCCGUGUCGCUGUGUCACACGGUGCAGAUCAGUUAUGAUCAAACAGAUGGGCCGGGAGACCCGUUCUCGCACGCCAAUGGCUUCUCGCCUCAGAUGGAGUAUUAUGCCUCCUCUCCUGAUGAGAAAGCACUAGUGGAAGCCACCAAGAGGAUGGGUGUGACAUUCAUGGGAAGCCAUGGCGAAAUCAUGGAGAUUAAAACAUUUGGGAAAGCAGAGAAGUACAAACUCCUCCACGUCCUGGAGUUUGACGCGGACCGCAGGAGGAUGAGCGUGAUUCUGCAGACGCCCUCAGGUGAAAAGCUGCUGUUUACAAAGGGAGCCGAGUCAGCCAUCCUGCCCCACACCAAGAGCGGCGAGAUCGAUAAGACCCGAGUCCACGUGGAUGAGUUUGCUCUGAAGGGUUUGCGGACAUUAGUGGUGGCCUGCAGACACUUCAGUGCGGACGAGUAUCGGGAAGUGGACCGGCGGAUCCAUGAAGCCAGGACGGCCCUGCAACAGAGGGAGGAGCGACUGGUGGAGGUCUUCAACUUCAUCGAGAAAGACCUGGAGCUGCUGGGAGCGACUGGGGUGGAGGACAAGCUGCAGGACAAGGUCCAGGAGACAAUUGAAGCGCUGCGAUUGGCUGGGAUCAAGGUGUGGGUGUUGACCGGUGACAAGCACGAGACGGCGGUCAGCGUGAGCCUCUCCUGUGGUCAUUUCCACCGCACCAUGAACAUCCUGGAGCUCGUGCAGCAGCGAUCAGACAACGAGUGCGCAGAGCAGCUCCGCAGGCUCGCCAGGAGGAUCAAAGAGGAUCAUGUGAUCCAGCACGGGCUGGUGGUGGACGGGGCGAGUCUGUCUCUGGCUCUGCGGGAACAUGAGAAACUCUUCAUGGAUGUGUGUAAGAACUGCUCAGCGGUGCUCUGCUGCAGAAUGGCUCCUCUCCAGAAAGCCAAGGUGGUGAGACUGUUGAAGACUUCCCCUGAGAAGCCCAUUACAUUAGCCAUCGGAGAUGGAGCCAACGAUGUCAGCAUGAUCCAAGAGGCUCACGUUGGUAUCGGAAUCAUGGGCAAAGAAGGAAGACAGGCCGUGAGAAACAGCGACUAUGCAAUCGCGAGGUUCAAGUUCCUCUCCAAAUUGCUGCUUGUACACGGCCAUUUCUACUACGUUAGAAUAGCAACCCUUGUGCAAUACUUUUUCUACAAGAAUGUGUGCUUUAUCACUCCCCAGUUUUUAUACCAGUUCUUCUGUUUGUUCUCACAGCAAACUCUUUAUGACAGUGUGUACCUGACGCUGUAUAAUAUCUGCUUCACCUCUCUGCCCAUACUGGUGUACAGUCUGUUUGAGCAGCUGGUGCAUCCACAUGUUCUGCAGAGCAAACCUGCACUUUACAGAGACAUCAGCAAAAAUUCCCAGCUUUCCUUCAAAACCUUUUUGUACUGGACCUUCCUGGGCUUCUGCCACGCCUUCGUCUUCUUCUUCGGCUCCUACAUCCUGAUGGGAGAAGACACCACGCUGAUGGGAAACGGACAGAUGUUCGGAAACUGGACGUUUGGCACUUUAGUAUUCACAGUGAUGGUUAUUACGGUAACGCUUAAGCUGGCCUUAGAGACGCACUUCUGGACGUGGAUGAACCACUUCGUCACAUGGGGCUCCAUCGCCUUCUACUUCAUCUUCUCCUUGUUUUACGGCGGCAUCAUCUGGCCGUUCCUUCACACACAGGACAUGUACUUCGUCUUCGUUCAGCUGCUGUCCAGCGGCUCAGCCUGGUUCGCCAUCAUCAUCAUCAUCAUCACCUGCCUGUUUCCUGAUGUCAUCAAGAAGGUCUUUUACAGGCACCUGCACCCAACCAGCACGCAGAAGUCUCAGUCUAUUGAGGAGUACAAGGGCAUCGGAUGCGUGGACUCGGUGUGCUGCUUCUCGGAGGGGCAGAACGCCUGCUCACGGCUGGGCCGGCUGGUGGAGCGCAUGACGGGCCGGUGCGACCCCGCACGAGCCUCCAGAUCUUGGAGUGACUCCGAGACCUUCUUCUCCAAUGACCGGAGCAUCCUGACGCUCUCGCCCAUGGAGGUGUCUCGUUGUUAAUGCACCAGCCCCAGUCUGGAGCCUGAAGAUGCCUAGCCUCGACCCCUUGUCCAAUCACCAGCCAGACCUCCACUGAUGUCUCACUUUAAGAGCUCUGUUAAUCAGAGCGGCGGGAUACGCAACAAGGGAUACGCAGAAAAACCAAAGGAUGUGUCUGACUUGAACGUUUCUGCUCGUAAACCACGAAACUGUAGGAAGAGGGCCACCGUCUUUCCUGAGGAAAACGAGGGGGUCUGUUUGAAGCCAUAAUUCCCUCUUUUAAUUGCCUGAUUUUCAAGGUAUUAAACGUGAGCGCAGUUGCUCACAAACCUGUAGCCUCCUACCCUAAGAUGCCUACCUGUACUUGGACUGUACAGAUUAUCAUGAUGCAUGAAUGUUGCGGGAUGGAAACCUCGCAUAUAUCGUCCUUGAACUCGGUCACGUUCACCUCCGUCAGUCAUGUGCCUGCAUAUCAUCUCUCCUGUCCUGUCUUGCACAUGCUAAAUGUUCAUUUCUAACUAUUGCCAUCAGUUAAUUUAUCAUUGUUGCCGUGUUCAUUGUUUUUCUGCUUGUGGUGCUAACCACUUGUCAAGGCUGUUUGGUUGUGUGUAUGCGUGUGUGUAUUUAAUCACGUAAGAGGGCAUAGUCUGGGUUACUGUGAGGCCGGAGCAUCGAGACAACCGUUUUAAACUUGCUUAGAUCAACUAUAUUCAAGUUUAUGAUAUCCGACUGCAUGCUACACUUUGGUCAGUCUGUCUCAAUAUCCCUGUAACAGAGGCCUAAAAGUGAACUCGACAUAAACGCUCCCAUUUUGAGGAGUCUAGUCUUUAUUUUUGCUGCGAAGGCCAGAAAUCUGGUGCCGUGACCCGGGUGGCAGUUGGAGAAUCAGGUUUUAUGAUGGAGAACGGUUACAUAAUCAAUUGUGGAUUACUCUAUUUUGGUACUAUUUCUCUCUAGUUUUAAUUUGUAUAUCACUUCUCAUCUCAAUGUUGAUCAUAACUGUUUCAGUUCUUGCGUUAGAAUCAAACGGCUGAAUUGUUUUGCUAUAUAAUGCGUUUUCAUUGAUUAUAUAGCAACGCAGUAAAUGCCACAGACAUUAGCAAUAAGACUCGAUCUAGACCUGGGAAUACCUGAUCUAGCUGUGAUGUCAAUCAUCCAUGUUGCAGUUUCAUCUUUUCUUUGUGUAAACACAUGUUCUUCUUAUUGUACUCUCCUCACAGUGAAUAUGUUUAUUGCUGAUGUUAUGAAAGUUCUAUUUACGGAAUAAAUACCUUUAUAAAA